AUUCGGUAAAUGUCAUCUCUCAUCUCUGCAACACUACCUCCCCCAAUCAAACCCAUAGUAGAUCCAUUCUUCAUUUUUUUUUCUUUAUCUAUUAAAAAUCAGUUUUGAGCACAGAGAAACCCCUUUUUGCGGAACUGUUUUUGGUUCUCUCUUUCUCUCUCUAGAAGUUUCUCUCUCUCUAAACAUCAGAGGUUCGGAUGCAGUGAAGAAGAAGCAUCAGACUUCAGAAACCUCAUGGAAUUACAGAGAGUUCGCUGCGCUUUGUGUAUCUGUGCAGUGGUUGUACUCAUCCUCAACUAUCCUGCUACUGUGACAGCUGGAGAUAUCGUUCAUGACGACGAUUCGGCUCCAAAGAAGCCUGGUUGCGAGAACAAUUUCGUGCUGGUAAAAGUUCAAACUUGGAUUGAUGGAAUAGAGGAUGCUGAAUUUGUUGGUGUUGGGGCUAGAUUUGGAACUACCAUUGUAUCGAAGGAGAAAAAUGCAAACCAAACUCACUUGGCACUUUCAGACCCUCGUGAUUGUUGCAGUCCACUAAAGAGAAAGCUAGCUGGAGAUAUCAUCAUGGUGGACCGAGGUAACUGCAAAUUCACAACCAAGACAAAUAUUGCACAAGCUGCUGGUGCUUCAGCAGUCCUCAUUAUAAAUAAUCAGAAAGAACUUUACAAGAUGGUUUGUGAGCCUGAUGAAACUGAUCUAGAUAUAGAUAUACCCGCUGUCAUGCUUCCACAAGAUGCUGGUGCUAGCUUGGAAAAAAUGCUGACGAAUAGUUCAUCAGUGUCGGUGCAGUUAUACUCUCCACGGCGACCAGUAGUUGACAUAGCCGAAGUUUUUCUAUGGCUGAUGGCAGCUGGUACCAUAUUGUGUGCAUCUUACUGGUCAGCCUGGUCUGCCAGAGAAGCAGCUAGUGAACAGGACAAGCUAUUGAAGGAUGGUUCAGAUGAACUUUUGAACAGCGAAAGCUUGGGCUCUAGUGGUGUAGUCGACAUCAACACAACAUCAGCAGUCUUUUUUGUUGUUAUUGCUUCAUGCUUCUUGGUUAUACUUUACAAACUAAUGUCAUUCUGGUUCGUUGAACUUUUGGUGGUGCUAUUUUGCGUUGGUGGUGUCGAGGGUUUGCAAACUUGCUUGGUUGCCUUAUUAUCAAGGUGGUUCAAACAUGCUGGAGAAUCAUUCAUCAAAGUACAUUUUUUUGGAGCCGUCUCGUAUCUUACUUUGGCUGUUUCUCCAUUCUGCAUAACUUUCGCAGUUGUUUGGGCAGUUUAUCGAAAUGCUUCCUUUGCUUGGAUUGGUCAAGAUGUACUUGGAAUUGCACUGAUAAUUACAGUUCUUCAAAUUGUACGUGUACCUAAUCUAAAGGUGGGGACAGUUCUUCUCAGUUGUGCUUUUCUGUAUGAUAUAUUUUGGGUGUUUGUUUCAACGAAGUUGUUCCAUGAAAGUGUGAUGAUUGUGGUAGCUCGUGGUGAUAAAAGUGGAGAGGAUGGUAUUCCAAUGCUUUUGAAGAUUCCACGGAUGUAUGAUCCAUGGGGUGGUUACAGCAUCAUAGGAUUUGGUGACAUUAUCUUGCCAGGAUUAUUAAUAGCAUUUUCACUUAGGUACGAUUGGCUGGCAAAGAAGAAUCUUCGUGCUGGAUACUUUUUGUGGGCAAUGCUUGCUUAUGGAUUAGGUCUUCUUAUAACAUACGUUGCAUUGAACCUGAUGGACGGUCAUGGCCAACCGGCACUUCUUUACAUCGUCCCAUUCACACUCGGAACCUUUUUGGCAUUGGGAAGUAAGAGAGGCGAUCUUAAAAUUCUCUGGACAAGAGGAGAACCAGAAAGAGUGUGCCCUCAUAUCCAUCUCCAAUCAUCUGAAGAAUCAAAUGAAGAAAAAUAAUGCAGCUUCUUGUAAUUUUGUGGUAUUUGUUAAUACACGGUAGAUCAUCAUCAAUGGUCCUGGUAAAGCACCAGUCUAUCAAUGCCUAGCAGAAAUUGGAAAUGUUACAUUAGCCCUUAAUGGGCUUAGAUUAACCCAGUGUUGAUUAUUUAUUAAGAGCAAUGUGUAUUUAUAUGUGUGCAUGUGUAGGUAUAUGUAUAGGUGUUUCAUGUUUGGCCCUUGUACAUUUCUCAGUGUAUACUGUUACCUUGCCCUUUACGUUUGCCCCCUAGAAAAUACUUUCAGA